CGAAAAUGAAACAAUGAUGACCGAGUCAUGCGAAAAUUGCAAGUGCAGGUCUGUUGUUGACAGGAUAAGAUUGAGAAGGGAUCAAAAUGUGGAGGGUGACAUCAAUAUCCUAAUAAAUGUCCUUCAGGAACACCAUACUUCUUCAACACACAGAGAAGUUUUGGACGAAUGCGUAUCACUUGUGGCAGAAACUAUUUGUAGCUCAGCCAUCAGUGAAAUUCCGAUAUCCUUAGUCAAGAUAGAUGAAAAACUUUACAACAGAUUCCUCCAAAAGCUAAUCCAAAUGGAAAUGUGGGAGGUCAUGCACGAUGCUGUAGUAUUGUGUAUUAGCAAAGGCAAUGUCAAAUCAUUUCAAAGGUUUCUUAGACAAAGUUUAAUUGCAACAAUGACGAACACUACAGAGAGUGAAGAAAAAUUAUGCAAAAUAUUUGAACAUCUUCCGGAUGGAGAAAAUAUCAUCAAUGAAGAUGACGAAGAAUUGGUAAAGUCAGCAAUUGAGCAAUCACAUUUUAAAGUUUUAAGGUUGCUGUUUCAAAGCCAUGUUAACCCAAAAUACCUGAGUCUUAGACACGGAGAUACACCUAUGCAUGUUGCUGCAAACAUGUAUCUAAACAACGAGAGCAGUACCAUUUUUCAAGAUUUCGUUGUCAGGUACAGAGGAAAUCCAAUACUAUAUAGCUUUCUAGAUCCACAUCAAACAGAUGCUAACGGAGACAAUCUUUUUCAUCUUGUUGCGAAAUCAGAAAGCUGCCCCCAGGCUCAUAAAUUGGCAAAACUUCUGAAUGGUCUGCAUGUGUCUGUAUCAUGUCGGAACAACGAAGGAAAACCACCGAGAGAUUAUGUACAAUGUAAACAUGAGGAAAUGCGUAAGGGGUCUGCAGAGUGGAGAGAAUCCGGAGCAAAAAUGGCGGACACAUUACUUUUACGAAUAGUGUUCAGCUUUAAAGAAAGUGCUGCCGUAUUCGUAAGCUAA